AGCGGGAAGGGCCGAGCAGCCCGCCGGUGAGAUGCGGGAGCGUGAGCCACGCACCGGCCCGGGGUUAAUCCCUGCAGCCGGUGAUGCGUUUGCACUGUGGGGGGGGAAGGUACUAAAGAUGGGCCGCCGAGCCCGCCAGGACUUCUUUCCAGAUGAAAAUCUCAGCAGGAAGAAUUCCUCGUCUGCUUCUCUUGGAGAGGAUGAAGACCCUGAGAAAAAGGUUGACCAUGGUCCACCACCUAAGCCCCCACGCCGGCAAGGAGGCUGGGCAGAUGAUCCUGUACUGGCACCUACCAAGUCAGGAAGAAAGCAUGCAGAAGAAGUAGAAGACCAUCGUCUCAGACAGCAGAGCCUGGAGGCAUCAGAUGAUGGAGGAGACAUUCCUGUGAUCCCUGACUUGGAGGAGGUCCAGGAGGAAGAUAUGGCCAUGCAAGUGGCAGCUCCCCCCAGCGUGCAGGUGAACCGAGUGCUGACCUACCAUGAUCUGGACAAAGACCUAAUGAAGUAUGCUGCCUUUCAGACUUUGGAUGGAGAGGUUGACCUGAAGCUUCUUACCAAAGUUUUGGCUCCAGAGCAUGAACUACGAGAGGAUGAUGUCAUCUGGGAUUGGGACCAUCUCUUCACAGAGGUGUCCUCAGAACUAGUGACUGAGUGGGACCUGGGACAUUCUGAGAGAGAGGACCACCUCAGUCUGCCUUAGAGCACCGGCACACCAGACAUAUACAUGCAUAGCUGUAAAUAGUUUAGCACUUUCAUUUUAUAUUCACUUGUUUGUAUUAGAGGAUUUAUUUCAGACAUGAAAAUAAAUAGGACCUUGCUUCAUAGGAAAA